UCGGGAGCAGGCGGCACGGGCGGGGAGUGAGCGGCCGCCUGGUUUCUCCUCACGAAAUCGGGGAGAGGCCCGGUCCGAGUGAUGUCUGAGUGCUUGUGAAAACAAGAAGAUUUUUGGAGAACGAGGAAAGCUUCAAGCCAGUGCUUAGCCGUGCCGUGCCCUUUGGCUCCCGUUGGCCUGGGAGAGGGUACCAAUGUAAAAAGAAGACGGCCAUGGGCUUCGACACAGGUUGGAAGAGCCGCCUGUGGCUCUUCCCACUGAUGAUUCUUCCGCCGCUCCUGACUGCGCAGUCCGUGGGGUCAUCACUGCCCAGUGAGCUCAACCUCGAGAACCUGCCAGACACGUCUUUCUCCUGCGAGGGUAAAGUGGUGGGAGGCUACUACGCCGACAUCGAAACCAAGUGCCAAAUGUUCCACGUUUGCACGCUGGGACAGAAAGGUGAGACCCAGGACAUCAAGUUCCUGUGCCUGCAAGGUACCGUGUUCGAUCAGGAGACCCGAGUGUGUGAGCGGUCUGAGGAGGUGACCUGCAAGGACGCAGAGGAGUAUUACGACCUCAACAAGGAGCUAUAUCAGACCAACAACAAAGCCCACCGCGAGCCAACAGAGAACGUGACUGACUCGGAGGGCGAGGCGUCCGUGGCCAGCGUACUGCUCAGGCUCGACUCGAGCUCCAGCUCGCUCGGCUUCCCGGCGGCCGUCUACACGGACGACAACGGCACCGGCGCGUUCGCCGACGGCGGCCGCACGCGGCGGCCGACGCGCACGCGAUCCGACGUGCCGCUGUUCGGGCCACGGCGCAGUGAGAGCCGGCCGCCGCCGCCGCCGCCGCCCGCCAGCGAGCAGGCCUUCGGCCGGUUCCGGCAAACGCGGCUGUUCACGGGCCCGUCGUGGCCGACGCCGACAUCGACGCGUCGGCCGCGGCCGCCGGCCACCGUCCCGCUGAUUCCCAGCUCAGCUGAUCUCGACCGGCCGCGGCUGGUCGUCACCAACGGCAAGCCGUUCGUGCCCAAGCUAAGCGCGCCCGACCCCGCGCCGGCGCUCCACCAGGAGGAGAGUUUCCCGUCUCUAACUCUGCCGGACACCAACUUUACUUGCGAAUCGAAGGUCAGCGGAGGUCACUACGCCGACCCAGAGACCAACUGCAAAAUGUUCCAUAUCUGCGUCAUGGGCCCAGACGGCACAAUAACUGACUACAAGCUCUUAUGUGGAAGUAACACCGCAUUUGAACAGAAGUCCAGAACAUGUCAAGAAGUUGAAAAGGUUGACUGUGCGUCCUCGGCUGACAACUACCACGUUAACGACCAUUUGAUCGUACCAAGUGAGUUCAAAGAAACUACCAAAGAAGUCGAAUACAAGUUCAAUCCAUCCAAAACAGAAAAUUUGAACGACUACACAGAUUAUUAUGACUAUUAUUUCGACUACCCGGAGUACAAGGAAACUAGUGAAACUAGCACUGCGAGAAGUCGGCCGUCAAGAGGGUCGAAAUCCAAAGCACCGCAGUUCUGAUGCCUUGUUGCGUUGUAGCAGGUGCCCGUCUGGGCUUCGUCGUGGAGGACUUCAUCACCAGCCAGCCUUGACUUCAGCAUUCAUCUCAGCCGCCCAUCUGGCACCAGUGUGAUGUCGACAGUGCCGCAAAGUCCCGUGCAAUCCCUUCCGUCCGUUACCAUUGCUUUAAGCAUCAUGCGUAUUAGACGAGAUUCGUCCGCUCUCCGGGAAACGCUGGUGGACUGUGCGCUCGGCUCGGCGCCGUUGCGCCACUCGCUUCUGCCGCGUCACACGUGAACCCUCUACUCAGUGGUGGUGCACGUGACCCUCUGAGUCGACCCAGGUCACGGCGGCUCCGACGGGGCAGCUGAGGCCGAAGGCGCCGCGCCGUCCAGAGCCCAGAGCACCGCCGCUGGGGCACCGAGGCGUCUCACGGGGCGCCGCCGCUGGGCCGCUGAGGCGUCACACAGGGCGCCGAGGCGUCACACGUGGCGCCGCCGCUGGGGCGCUGAGGCGUCACACAGGGCGCCGAGGCGUCACACGUGGCGCCGCCGCUGGGGCGCUGAGGCGUCACACAGGGCGCCGAGGCGUCACACGGGGCGCCGCCGCUGGGGCUUCGAGGCGUCACACAGGGCGCCGAGGCGUCUCACGGGGCGCCGCCGCUGGGCCGCUGAGACGUCACACGGGGCACCGAGGCGUCACACGGGGCGCCGCCGCUGGGGCUUCGAGGCGUCACAAAGGGCGCCGAAGCGUCACACGGGGCGCCGCCGCUGGGGCUUCGAGGCAUCACACACGGCGCCGCCGCUGGGGCGCCGAGACGUCACACAGGCGACGCCGCUGGGGCGCCGAGGUGUCACACAGGGCAGAGUGUCAGCGUGGCGCGUUCCGACACACGCACGGCGCCGUAGCUCUCUGAGAUAGAAGCGGGGCGCGCGUCUGUGCAUCGCCAUGGAAUUUUGAAUGUAGUGUGUCGUGGUAUUUAUAAAAGCGGUCCUGACGG